UGAAUUUGGCCAGUAUAUGUUAGCUGCAUCAAUUAAUGAAAAAAUUGACCAAUAUAAACAUAUAAUUAAUGAUGAUAUUACUGUUGCAUCAAUUCUUGACCUACAAACCAAAUUAUUGCUCUUUGAAAUAGGACAGGAAACCACUGAUGCAGUUAAUAAAGUUAGAGAAGUAUUCAAUCAGUAUCAUACUACAUUAACUGAUAAGCAAGCUUACAACCUGUAUAUUAAUAAAGAUGAUAUUAGUACAACACGUAAUUACUUUAAGGGACUUAAACGAUGUUGUUUAGAAUCAGGUUAUAAAACAAAUCGAACCUCUGCUAAUGAAUUAGAGUGA